AUGGUAUUUAUCUGUGUGAAAGAAACCGAGCGCUUUUCGGCCGCGAUGGAAGUGGCCAGGGAGAAUCUAGAUGGGGCGAAGCUGCUGGAGAACCCGACAUCAAAAUUUCUGGGAGCCUCCAGGUCGCCCCUGGAUCGCGAGGCCGUGCUACAUGAGCGCCCCCUCCUGGCGCGGCCGGAACAACCAGCCCCCGAGGAAAAAUUGCUGGACCUGCAGUACUUAUGUAGGUCAGGCUCUGGCCCCGAGGAAGAAGCCUUUGCCAAGACCAGUGAUCCUGCAGUCCCCAAAGCUUUCAAGUGCAGGAAUUGUGGGCUGGCUGUACUCAGCCUCUCUGACCUCAUUCACCAUCAAAGCAGCCAUGGGUGUGACCGACCUUACAGCUGUCCAGAGUGUGACAAAAGCUUCCGGCGUGGCUCAGAUCUGGUUAAGCAUUACAGAGUUCACACCGGUGAAAAACCAUACCCCUGCCCAGAAUGUGGCCGUUGCUUCAGCCUCAGCUCUAAUCUCACUAAACACCGGCGUUCUCACUCAGGUCUCCGGCCUCAUAAGUGCAUGGAGUGCGGAGAGGCCUUUGGUCGCAGUGCAGACCUAGCAAAACACCAGCGGGUGCACACUGGGGAAAAGCCCUAUGCUUGUGCUGAGUGUGGUAAGACUUUCAGGGUUAGCUCCAACCUGAUCCAGCACCAGCGUACUCACACUGGUGAGAAACCCUACCGCUGUGGACUCUGUGGCAAGAGUUUCAGCCUGAGCUCUAACCUUUUACAGCACCAGCGCUGUCACACAGGUGAGAAACCCUACUUCUGUGCCUGGUGUGGAGACAGCUUUGGGCGCAGUUCCUAUCUGCUGGAACACCAGCGUUCACACACGGGUGAGAAGCCCUACAAUUGCUGUGAGUGUGGCAAGAACUUCACCAACAGCUCAAACUGCCUGCGGCACCAGCGCACUCACAAUGGAGAACCGCCCUUCAGGUGUCUUGAAUGUGGACGUGGCUUUAGUGAGAUCACCAUGUUCACUGAACACCAGCGUAUCCACUUGAGCAAGUGACCUUUCCAGAAUGUGGCAGAAAUCUUACACCACAGCUCCAUCAAUGUUCACACAUGGGCAAGAAACCCUAGAAGUUUCCUGAUUGCAGCUAGUAUUUUGUGGACAACACUAGCAUAUGCACAUAGGCAAAAGCCUUGCAGAAAGUUUGCCAAGAGCUUCAGUCAGAUUUCCCACUUGCUCUUCUACCAGGUGACCCACAUUAGCAAGAACAUCUCCAUCUGCCUGUAAUAUGGCAAAGCCUUU